AGGGGAGGAUCGGAGGGGCAGGUGGGCUGAGGGAGGUGUGGGAGAUACAGCGUAGCAGUGGUCGCCCCUUGCACACAGCUGCCUUGACACACUUUAUUCCGCUCUCAAAGGUCAAAAGCUUUCGCGUGUAAGCUCCACCUUCCUCACAGUCAGUCUGUCAGUUCUACUUGUCGUGCAGGCCGAGUCUCAUACUUCCUCCUUUUUCCUUAGCCUCCUUCCUAACCUCUCGGAUUCAGACUCAGGGCCAGGCACCAGGAGGAAUGCCAAUGAGGUAAAGGAGUCUUCCUACCUAAGUCCACCACUUGUUGCCGCCAGCUGGUCCCUCCUCCCUUCCUUAGGCGCCACGGGUCCCACACUCAGCUGGUACAGGGAAACAGCCCUCCACGUCAAGAGAAGCUCUAACCCAGCUGAUUCGACACCAUGGAGGACCACCAGACGCUUCAACGGCGCCGAGAGUCAUGAACGAAGUUGUAGCGCGAAAUAAAAUGGCAUUCAAGUGAUGUGUAGAGGGAAAAAAAACUUGCAGCUUUACACCCGCAGAGGAUAUGCUGCCCAACAAAUAUGCAGCCCGCGUCACCGUCCAACUGAACAAGCGUCAUGGACCCAUUACACAUGACGCGUGACGGGAAUACCUACGAGGCGCAGUGAAAGGCCGAACUAAACUGAAAGGUGGUGAUACGCAGAGAAAAUAAAAAUACACAAUGAACCACGCAGGAGAGGUUGCGAGCGUAGUGGACGGUGAGGCGAGGAGGCACGUCCCUUUGUCCAGGCGGGUGGUGAAGGCGUCCAGGCUACACGAGCUGCUGCACUAUCUGGCGGGCGGCGCCUCCAGAGUCAUGGGCAACCAGCAGGCACCAGCACCCGCCCCCACGGCCAGUAAGGAGAGGAGGCCGUCGCUCCCCAGCAUCAGGAGUUUCCAGUGGUCCUGCGGCCCUCAGACGACCAUACUCAGGGACAGCCCUCCUCCGGAAUUCCUAAUGAAGUUAGCGAAGAUCCUAACUGCGAAAUCACUGGCUGAGGACAAUGUUGAUGGCAUUACAAAAUGUGUCUUCAUUUACCAUAUGUGUAAGCACAGUGAACCCCUGGGAAAGCGGCUGUUCCAGUAUGUGUUAAAACACUUCCAACUGGAACCGUUUGUCCCCCCUGGCACUCCAAAUGAAAAUGAGCGCUGUCCAGUCAACGAAAAUGUGCUGUCGGGUAGUGCCUUUGUUGAGGCCUCCAACUACUUGAUGUCCCUCCUCACCGACUCACAACAACUAGAGUUCUACAUCAAAGUAUAUGCAGGAGAUGAAGAGAGAAUAAAUAAGACUGAUGUGUUCGAUUUGAUUUCUGCUGCCCACCAAGUGUCCACCUGCACCCAGCGCACCUGCUGCCUGCCUGACAACAUACUGAUGGCAGUGGUCAAUGGUGUUAUGCACGGCAAGGAAAGCGUGAACACCAAAUACCUCCACAGCUGGUUUUGUCAGCACUGUCCGCGCCUUGUGGUGUGGCUCCACCGCAGCAUCGUGCACAUGCUGACUGUUGGCUACCGCACCAUCCCUGAGAACACAGAGGAAGAGGAGGAUAUCAGAGACACUCCCAUCCUGGAUCACCCUGGUAAGUCAUCCUGCGCAAGCCUGCAUCCUGCUCUCAUAUGGCUGCUGACCUGCUCCUUGCCCACCCUCUAUACCAAGCAGCAGAAGAACCAGGCUCUUCCUUCCUCCAACAACCUCCUCCUUGAUCCUCAUGUUUUCAUCGAGAAAAUGAUUUUAGCUGUGAGCCCCACACACUGGGACCCACUAUACAACAGUGAUAACCAUGGUCUCAGUAUUAACAGGUUCCAGCAUCAUGUGUUUGGUUACCAUGGUGCCACCCUCGUGUUCAUCACGACAGAGGGUGACAACAUGUUCUGUGUGGCAAGUGACCAGGAGUGGCGAGACUCCAAGCACUUCUGGGGUGGCGAGCACGCCGUCUGCCUCCACCUUACCCCAGAGUACAAGAUUGUCGAGAGUGGUGCCAAAAUUCUUUACUUCAACAUGACAUCUCGUGGAUUCCCAACCGGGUUUCAGGUGGGCACUGACAGCACCAACCGAGCACUCACUCUGGACUCGAAUCUCACCAUUGUCACCUACCGCAAAAUCCCCUACAAGCUGAAGUCUCUGGAGGUGUGGGGCUGCAGCACCAUUGAAGUCAGGGAGGCCCAGCAGGAGCAGAAGAAAAGAGAAGUAAAGGACACUGAAAAUCGCCGCAAAGUCAAAUUGAACAGCUCUGAUUGGCUAGACAACCCUGAUCGCUAUCUUAUUGAAUUGGCCGGCACAAGGUUAAGUUAUGCCCAGUAUGACAAUCCUCAGCCUGAGGCCUCAGGAACUAAGUGAAGAAUAUGGGAAUUGUGGUCCUGUAUUGCUCAGCAGUAUACAUACAUGGUGUAAGUGACAUUGAGUUCAUGAAUUUGAAAAAAAAAAUAAUAAUAAUAAUUUUCUCCCUUUUCAUUUGCAGAUCAUUCCCCAUAUUUUCAGAUUUUUUUUUUUUUUUUUUUAUAUUUUUUUUAUA